AUGCCCGAGCCGCCAAAGGACGACAUCUACAGCCAGGUUCUAGCCAUGCCCUGGCCAACGCCAAGCGGUCCAUCACCAGGGAUUGAGUUCCAGCCGAUCUUUCCGCCAACGCGCUCCGAGCUGCUCAGCGACUGGCCAACGUUCGUCCCAGACAUUCAUCGGCCCCACUUCAACUUCUCGGAAACCGCGGCCGACGCACGGAGCCGCAUCGAUGUGCCGAAUCUUUACAUGCCCGAGCCGACGGUGGAACCGAGGGCCGCCGCGCCACCGCCAAUUAAGCCACCCGGGAAGCUGCUGACCGCGCAGCCUUAUCAGCUGUUCAGCGGCCCUUCGCUGCUCAUCGGCGAGACGCUCAUGGCCAACCGAAAUCUGCCCAACAAAUUC